UUAACAGUGAGGGCCGAAAAUGGAGGAGAUUCACAUCCAAACGCAAGCCAACUUGCCUUCGAUAGAGCACAUCUUACGUCCAAUAACAUAUACCUCGUGGCUUCUGGGUGCCGGUGUUGCACAUCCGCGCAAAUAUCCCAAGAUUGUCACGAUAAUCCUACGUAUAAUUUAUUUGGCCCUGUGUUUUAUUGGCAUGAUAUUCCAUAUGAAAUCUUACUUCAAUAUCGAUUACAUCUUCGAAAACAUAUACCAUUUUUUUAUCUUUAUUCAUUUGGUGAUAAAUUAUGUAUCUACGUAUUACUACAUUUAUCAAGUGAUUAGGCAAUACGACAAGUGGCCGGACCUAAUGGAUAAAAUAAAAGAGUUCGAUGAAAAGAUUAGAAAGAAAAUGCUUAUAAAUAAUAGGCCAGUAAAAAUUGCGGAAGCGCUAGCAAUUCUCGUGACGUUUAUUUGUUGUCCUUUGUGCAUAAUUGUGGCCGUUUUGUAUUUUUAUUUUACAAAUCCAAAGCAGAUCGGGAUUGACAAAAUAAUGUCUUACUACAUUUUGGCCCAAUCUCUCAUCAACAGCUUCGUUUUUGAUGUUGUUGUUUAUGCGCUUUAUUAUAGAUUAAAAGCGAUAAAUAAAUUGGUUGGCCAAUUGAAUGAGUUCUCCGACGCGCUUAAGAUUAGAAGUAUCCGAAAAAUGCACAAUGGUAUUUGUGACCUUGUCACCAUGGUAAAUGAUAUUUAUGGAUUUAAUCUUCUCAUCUGUUCAUUGAACUGUCUCAUCUCAGUUCAAUUUGAACUAUCCACAAUCUACAUGCUAGUUAUGGAAAAUAAUCCGCCUUCGUUAAUGUAUUACGUUUAUAUUAUUACUUGUUUGGUUCUGUACACCACGCAAUUUGGUCUGAUGUGUUGGAAUUGCACGCUUGCGCGUCGAGAAUUCCACAAGACUGGGAUAAUCAUAUAUGCAAUUGCACUGAAUUUCAAACAUGUGAAUUUUAAACUAAAAGGGAGGAGGUGUCAAUCGAAUUUAGAAAUGCAAACAUUAGUGGAAGGUCCAAACAGGCAAAAUUCUGUUUGGAACACCAGUUACUAUUGGAACAACAUCGCCGCAGAAAAUUUUUUGCAAUGGCGUCGUGCAGAAAAUCUACGCAAAAACUUAAAUUGUGAACGUAUUAGAAACGAAAUAAAUGAUUUUUUGAUUCAACUACAACACCGUCGAAUAGUAUUUACGGUCUGUGAUUACUUCGAAUUAAACAAUGGAGUGUUUGGUGGUUUUAUUGGCAUAGCCAUCGUUUAUAUGACAGUUUUUAUUCAAUGUCUUGAAGUCUAAUAAGGGAUAACUUCUGAAUAAUAACAUAUUGCAAU